AGUACUGAUACGCAUGCGACAUUAGUCCUCUUAACACUCGUUAAUGACAUUACUCUAUGAUUAAUAAUGAUGUCUUAAACUUGUAGUACGCGUUUGUUAUACAAUAGCAGCAUAGUAUAUGAUCUAAGCUUGGUACGAAUGAUAACGAAUCAUUGAUUAUUUGAAUGUCUGGUUGAUAAAAUAUUUUAAAAUAAAAAAAACAAUAUCUAAUAUGUACUUAUCUAGUAAUCUUUCGGUUAUACGAUCAAUAAUGAAUAUUUCUUCGUUUUGUUGAAUAUGACUUCUUUGUACGGAAAUGUGUUAAAUUUGAAGCAACUGUUGAAAGUCGAAAAUAUAUUAAAUGCUGUUAGUUUUCAAACAAACAAUAAUAAUAUAUUUGCAUUGGUACUCAGGUAAACAUUUCACAUUUUUCUAAACUGAUUACAAUACUGUAUUUUUUGUACUCAAAAUUGCAGCAGCAAUGAUCUUAUACUUUACUGUGAUCAUAUCCCUCCAUCAAUCAAAUGGUUACCAUGGCCUAAAGACGAUGGGAAAAAAAUUGUUUCAUUGGCAUUUAAGUCUACAAGUGAAAAAUUACUUGUAUGCGGUAAGCAUAUUUUAAGUGUCAUGAUUUUGGCUUAUUGUAAUGUAAUAUUUUUUUUCUGAAUUAUGUUUUUCAAUAUAAUCAAAUUAUCUUUUUUUGUUUGAAAACAAAUUUAAAAAGUUUUGUCCUAAAUUGAAGUUUUUAGGUUUGUCUUAAAAAAAAUGUAUGACAAAAAUAACUCAGUUUGCGCUGACAAAUGGAAUAUUGUAAGAUCUUGGCUAGAUAUGAUUCUCUGAAUAUUCUUAAAAAUAAUUUUGUUCUUGUAUAAUUUUGACAAGGUAUUAUAUAGAUAUUUUUUUUUGUUUUAAAUAUAUAUAUAUAUAUUUUUUUUUUGAUUAGGUAGCUGAUGUUAUGUUAAAAAAAUUGCAGUGCCAAAUGAAUCCUAAUAAUCAUUUUGUUAAGUGUAUAUUAUUAUUUUAGGUAUCGAUUGUACUUUAUAUUUGGUGUUUGUUCGAGAAAUGUUUGAUCCAAGGGAUGGAGAUAGAAGAAAUAAAGUUAAAAUUAUUAGACCAGCUCCUGGAGAACCUACUAGUUCUUUAAAUCCAACCGCAGUUACUUGGUGGACACCUAUAGUUCCUACAUACUCAAGGUAAAGUUUAUUUUGUGAUUUUUAAAUUUGUGUUUUUGAAUAAUAUUAAAUAUUAAUUUAUAGUGAUAUUGCUAUUGUUGGAGGAAAUAUUGGGGAAAUUGUAUUUGUUAACCUUCGUACUGGAGCUUGUCUUGGAUCUACUUGUGUAAAAUGUUCUAUAAAAUCUUUAGAAAUAUUAAAUGAAUGUUGUUCAAAUACAGUUUGGUUGAUUGUAAGUAUGCUGUUGGAUAAAUUGAAUAUCCAUGGUUAUUUAAUAUUUGUUGUAUAUGAUGUUCAUUUAUCUAGAUUAUCAGUACUAAUGGAGACCGUUGUAAAUUAUUGCUUGAAAGUUUAGAUGUUGGGUACUGUUGGCUAAAUCCAAAACCACACAGUGCACAUGAUAAAGCAUCUAAGUAUGACAUUUCUAUUAUAUAAUAAUUGAAUAAAUUUAAUAUAUAUAUAUACUAGCUGUCCUGUUCCUGGCAUUGCCCGUGCCAAUUUGUUUUAUUAUUAUUUUACCCAUAUUCAUUUUUGGUUUUGGCCCUGUUAGAAUUGAAUGAAAACAAAUAGGUGGAAAGUGGGUAGUCCACCUUUGGCAGACUAAAUGUGUUUUAUUGUGAAAUUUCAAUAGUGUAAAUAGUAGUAAUAAUAAUUAUUAUAAUAGUUUUCUUUUCCUUGGCAACUCCUAAAUAAACAAAAAUUGAAUAUAAAAAAAAUAAAGUCGGGUUAGUUACACCAUUUAUAACUCAAAAACAGCUGGACCAAUUUUGAUGAUCACUUGAUAUUUUCCAACUAAUUUAUAAUAACAAUUAAUCACCAUUUUUUUUCAUUUCUGUUUCCGAGGUAACACAAAUAAAUUAAAAAAAAUUGUAUUUAUUAUAUUAUAAGCUUAAUUAUUUGGUAUUGCUCGUGUAUAUAUACGUACAAAUACUAAAAUCGCGAUUAAAAAAUCGUGAGUCGUGGUAGGAGGGUAAAAAAUACUUUACAGCCUAUUCUCAGACCUAUCAAAUAUACACAAAAAAUUUCAUGAAAAUUGGUCAAUGUGUUUUGGAGGAGUUCACUAACAAACACUGUAACCAGAGAAUUUUAUGUAUAAGAUAUGAAAUACAAAUAAAAUGAUUAAAUAUAAAGAAAAAACUUAGCUUGGGGUGUUCUUUAGGUCAUGUAUAUUUAUGAUUGGUUUUGAUUUAAAAUUUGUCUUCAACUACUUUUUUAAAUUUUUAUUUGUUAAAAUUUGUAUUAAAUUGAAACUUAUACACACAAUUUAUAUAAUAUUAGACUAUAUUUUUUUUUUUAAAUAUUUUUUUAUUUUAUUGUUAAUACUUUUGAGUAUUAAUUUCUAAAAUAGUUUUUAAUUUUUUUUUCUAUGUAUUUAUUUUCCUUUUUUCUUUUUGAAAUUCACUCAUUAUAAUACAACCUUAUAUUAGAAUAUUUUCUUCUUAUUUUAAAAUAUUAUGUAGAUAAUUGAUUUCAACUUAGUUAAAGAUGAUAAAUUAAUUAACAAUAAAUGCUUUAACCAGUUUAUUGUACAUAAGUUGAAGCCUCUGAAUAGCGGAUACUCAAUCUCCAAAAUGUUGUCUAUUAUUCAAAGGGAGUAAAUCUUGUAUACAUUUUAAAAAAAGAUCAGGUGUGUACAUUAAUAUUUAAUGAGGAAAAAAAAUAGUUCCCCAACUUUAUAAAAUUUCAUCUUUAUGUGACAUGAUAUCUGUGAUCAGAGUUUUUCCAACUCACAUUUUUCCUGCAUGCAACUUACCUAAGGUUCAGUUUUUUUGAGGGAAGUUCACAGAAGUCCAAAAUUAAAAUUAUUUGUGAAGUGGCAAUAUAUUUCCUUUUAACUUACUGAUUUCACUGAAAACUAAUCAUUUACUAAUAAAAUAGAAAAAAACAUUUUUAUUCAAGAUGUUGAUAUUUUCGUUAUAAUUCUAAUUUUAUCUUACUAUUCGAUAAUGAGUUUACCAUUAUAUUAAGUGUGAGCAUUUCUUGUUGUCAUUAUUUUAAAUAUUUUAUUUAUAUAGAUGUUAAUUGUUUGAUAUUUUCCCCGUGAGAAGUAGUAAAAAUGUCCUUGUUGCCAAAACAAUUUUGGUAUUAGAAAGUUUUCAUUAGGGGUUGAUUUUACUGUAUAUUAAAUAUAAACAAUUUAAAAAAAAGCCUAAAAAAAAAGUUAUACUUUUAUUUGAUAAAAAAUAUUGAUUAGUUAAUACAUAGUAUAAUUUCAGAGGAAAAGAAAAGUCUAAUUGUUAUAUUAUAUUAUUUUAGACCAACAAACUCAUUAAAUAUAGACACUAUUGUUCCUGUCAUAUCUAAUUUUCCUACUACACGAGCCCGGUUACUUGGACUACGACAACUAUUUAUAGAAAAAUUAUCGGCACCAAAGAAACAAAGAUCAGUUGUAAAUUGUGUUCAAAGUGGUAUUUUUUAUUAGAAAUAUAGAUAUUUUUUCAGUUAUAAAAAUAUAUAUCUUGUUAUUUCUCAGUGCCAAAUGAAGUAAAACAUCCCAAGCGGAGUUUAUCAUCAGAUACAAUUACUUCUGGACGUUCUUGUCCUAGUACAGGUCCAUCACCUGAACCCUUGGCUAGCGUUGUGGAUAUGAAGUCUAGUGUACAGAUUCACCAUGGUAAACAAACAUUUGUGAGCUAUUGCUCCAAUCAUAUUUUGGUAAGUUAUUUAGUUAAGGUUGUACGGUCGUAUUUGCCAUCUGUCUUUUUAACAGGAAAUGUAUUGAAAAUAUUUCUAAGUAAACAAAUGAAAAAGUCUUAAAAAUCAGUCUUUGAAAUAAAUACCUUUUAUAUAUUUUAGAUGACAGCCUCAUUAAUAAACUUUUUGAUGUAUUUUUUAUUUAAAAAAUGGAAAAGACUUAAUUGAAUUGAAUUUAUUUAAUAUUUAGAGAAUUAUAAAACAUCAAAACUUUGUCCAAAUAAUGUUGUCCAUUUUAAAUUGUAUAUUAAAUAUUUCAAAAAUCAAUUUUAAUGGGCUGUCUGUUUGCCUGAAUUCAUUUUUGUCUUAUUGCUCAUUAAAAGAGACGUUAAACACCUUAAAAACAUCUUAAAAAAUUUAGUUUACAAGAAAUAAAUAAUUUAAUAUUGUAAACAUCUAAAAAUAUUUAUUUUGCAAAGUAAAAUAUAUUUUUCAAAUAUUUUAUUUUAUUUUUUCAGUUCUCUAUCAACUGAAUUAAUUUCUUUGCUUCACUUUUUUAUUUGUAGGUACAUGCUUCUGGAUUUAACAGUAAUCAACCAAUAGUAUAUAAGCUAUUUAAAGAAGGUGAAUUAGAAAAGUUUUUAUACACAGACCAAUUUAUAUUCACUUCUGAAAACGGGGGUACAAAAUUGAGUGUUUACUCCUCUAAUCUUUGUCAACUUAAAAACGAUGUGGUAAAGCAUUACUAAUUUAUAAAAAUAUUUAAUAAUAAAUAAUCUAUUGGAUAUUUUUUUGUAGGAAGAUGAUAAAACAAAAAGUUUGCUAGGUACCUUUAACUUUAACAAAGGAGAGUUUAUUUUAGAUAUGUUUAGAGUAUCUGGGAAAAAAGUAAGAAUAACAAAGAAAAAUAAUUUUUAGCCUUAAUAUUUAUUUAUUUAUUUGUUAGACAAAAGAUAAUGCAGACAUUUCUCAAAAUAUUUCUCCUAAAAGUAAAAACCGUUCUACUAUCAAUAAAAAGAAAAAGUGUGAUCGGCAACAUAACCGAAAAGAUAACACUGCAUCUGAAUUAUGUGCAAUAGUAACUAAUUGUACAUUAUAUUUCCUAGAUUUAAGGUAAAUAUUAUAAAUUGUUUUUUUAUGGAAAGUUUGAUUUUAACUAAUUAUCAAUUGAUGUUAAGUUAAUUAAAAUUGCUUUCAAUUAGAUUGUAUUUCAUAAUUUUAUAAAAAUCAUAAGAUAGUGGUGUAAUAAUUAUAGUUAAAAUUAUUAUUUAUUUAAUUAAAAAAUAUUUUACACACUUUGAGUAGACUGGAUGACUGUUUCUGUAGUGUUUAUUCUGAAGUUAGGAGUCUUUCUAGUUAGAAAUUAAGAUUAUUUAACAAGAACUUGAAUCACAAUUAUGCUGCUUUAAAAUCCACAUAUAGCAUAAUACGUGUGUCUUUAUUGAAUUCAUGACUUUUUUCUGCUACUUGUUUUAUUGUAUGAAUCUGGUCUAUAGUAAAUUUGCCUACCAUGAAUUCUGCCUGGUAUUCUCCAAUAAUUUCUUUAAUAAAUGGUUUCAAUCUGUUUAAUUGUGUUUAAUAGAGGAAAUUAUCUAGUUUAUUGGAUCCAUUUAAUUAUCACUUUUUUUAUACACCAGGCAUAUGACAGACAUCCUUCAUGAUUAUGGAAUCUUCUCUCGUUCUCUUAUAUCAAUGAUCAGCUUAUGAAAUUGUUGAAUCAUUUUCUUUCCUCCUUUUUUAGGCAUUCAGGAAUUACUACAUCAAUCCCAAGGACCUUCAGAUUUUUCAGUAUUUCUAUUUCCUUUAUAUUUCUUGUAUCAUUGGUUUAUUUAAUCAUUCUUUCACUGUUACAUUUCUGGUUGAUUCAACAUCUUCUCAAACAUAUUUUUAAAUUCAUUCGCUAUUUUACCUUUAUUUGGUAUAAUGGUUCCAUCAUUCCUUCUUAUCAUAGUUGUUUUUGGCCCAUAACCUGUUUUUAUGUUUUUUAUUAUUUCAAAGAAAGCUUCUAUUUUUUUGUUGUUGAUUUCUAUUUCUGUGAUUCUUUCUGUUUCUGUUUGUUUACUUGCUAGAGUUUUUUUGUUUUCGUUACUUGAAUUCUCUAACAGCUUCAGGUUGGCAUUAUUCCUUAUUUUUUUAUAAAGCUUUUGCAAUUUUCAUCAAAUCGUAUUUUCCUUUUUUCAGUUUGUGUUUCCCAAUAUUCUUUCCCCUGUAUCUUUGAUUACUACUUGCACUACAUUAUCCCAGGUGUUAUUAUAUCUUCUUUCUGGUUUAUUAGCUGUAUUCCUUUAUUUAACCUUUCCUAAUACAACUUUGUAACAUUAGUUUUUCAGUAUGUCUCUAUUAAUUCUUAAUAUAAUAAUAUUAACGAUUUGAAAAUAAUACAUUUUGUAAAUUUUUCUGUUUUUCCUAAAAAUUUUCUUGGUUUUCCCGAAUUAUUAUGAAAACCCCUGGAAAAAUCAAAAAUUGAUCCCCCCCCCAUAGUAAUAUUGCAGUCACAUUUUAUAAAAACUUAUUCACAGAAAAAAAUAAAAAAUAAACAUUGUAAAAAAACCAGUAUAUUCCUCACUCCGCUCAGAAUCUAAAAUUACUUAGGGCAUAAAUAUACUUGUCAUCGAUUAGUAUUGUAAUUGACUGCCUAUUUCCUAGUGCUCAAUACAUUAAAUUAUUAUUUAAAAUUAAAAUUUCAAAUAAUAGAGCACCACUGUUCUGUGAAAAGCUAAGUUAGGCAAGGUAUUGAUUAUUUCUUAGAUUUUAAAGAUGUCAUCAUUAAUAAAAAAGAUUAAGAAAUCCAACUUUAAUAGAAUUUUAUAAUUAAUAUAAACAACAUAAAUUUAAUGGUUUGUUUAGUAUUAAACCUGAAGAGAUUAUAUUUAAGAAUGUUAUGGACAAUGCACUAGAUCAUGCAAACAACUUGUCAGAAGCAUUUGAUGUUGAUAUACGACCUAUAUUAGAAAGAGCAGCAGAUCAACAGUUAAGUGCAAGGAAAUUUGAAGAUGCUACUCUCCUUUAUCGAUUAUCAAAGGUAAAUUAAUGAUUUAUAAUAUAUUAUUAUUUAAAUUUGGUAUAAGUUAUCAUUUGAAAUGUUCAUGCAAAAUGUGUAUUUUAUUGGUUUUUUUGGAUUUCAGACAAAUCCAUUAAAACGUGUUCUUAGAUUAGCUUCUUCUGGAAAUACAGAUAAAGUAGUUCUUUUCGUUAGUACACUUUUAGAACAAGCACAUCCACGAGAUCUCACUGCUUUGGAAAGAUUACACAUUUCAAAUUUAGCAGUUAUGAGCUAUACAGAGCAAUUAUUACGUGCAACCAGUCGAGAAAAAUUAAGACUCGAAUCAAAAUUUUUGUAACUAUAUUUAAUAAUUUAAAACUAAUUUUUGUAUGCUAUUAAAUUUAUUAUCUAGGCGUUUAUUAUCAGAAAAUAAUCAUUAUGAUGAAGUUUUAUGUGUCAAUAUUGUUGGUCAAAGUCGUUUAUGCAAUGUAUUAAGAUUUUUAGCUGUUGAAAGAGGUUUACAUAAUGAAGUUAUAACAGUUCUAGUCAGUUUAAUGAAUCAACAAUCUACUGAUGAUAGUCAGUACUUACAUUGUAAGUAAUUUUUUACUAAAUUUUUUUACAUUUUUGUUUUAAAUACAUAACAUGUAUAUUUAAAGUUUACGAAUUAGGACUAGCAGGUUUGUUCCUUAUUUAUUUAGUGUUUUGCCCUGAGUUUUCAUAUUUGGUAAUAGUUAGAAUAGUUUGGAUACUAGUUUUAAAACAUCAUCCAUUGCCCAUUGUCCAUUAUUAAGAUUAAUUUUCGUAUUAAUUUGAUUUGUAAUAAAUAGGGCCCAGAUAAUGCAAAAUAAUUUUUUUUUUGAGUUAUGUUUGACAAUGCUAUCCAAUUACACAAUUUGAUUUAUGUACCAGAGACUGGUGAAACAUUUUAUUUUGCAUUUUUCAAUGAUUUGUUAUUCUAAGAACAAUUUGUAGAAUUUUUUGUCAUUUUUUUUAUUUACACCAUUUAUAUGACCUUCAAUACAUGAUACUAAAUAAUUUAAAUUUAUCCAAUUCAAAAUAUUACUCAUGGUUUUUUGGGUUUUCUAGUCAAAUACAACCCCUUAGUCAAUACUAUUGUAAGUCAAAUAAGUCAAAUUUUUUAAGGGUAGUUUCGAGAUAAUAUACAUUUUUAGAUUAUGAGUGGAGUGGGAAAUGUAUUGGUUUUACAAUGAUGUUUAUUUUGAUGUUUAUGGACAACUUUUCUACCAGCAAUAUCGCUCUGAUUUACAAUGACAGCAUUUUUUCUAAAAGGAAAUAUUUUAGUACAUUUAAAUUAAUAAAUAAUAAAGCCACAGUCUACUGAUCCUUAGAUUUUGUUAAAAUUACUGGAUCAUCAGCAGAUAUAUCUCUCAUUAUUAGUAGGAAUAAGUAGACUAUAGAGUACUUAAAGAAUAGAUCCAAGGAAUCUGCCUUGUGUAACUCCUGCUAAUAUAUAUUUUUCAAAUAUGUUAUCGCUUCUUCAUGUCUGAUUUGAAACUGUCAUUUAAUCAAGUAAAACACUCAGAUUCUUAGUAACUCUUUAUACUAAUGUUAAAAAAGAUUUUGUUUUAAAUAAGUUUAAAAAUUGAUUGUAAGUGAAAUUUUAAGCUUGUACAUUGAGGACUUAAUUUUUACCUUACCAAAUUAAAAUUAAACAAUUUAUUCAUCUAUUGAAAUAAAAUAUAUGGAGUAUUUUAGUUUUUUUUUUUAUGUAUAAAUAAAAUGUUUAUACGUUUUUGUUAUUCAUUAUAGUCACCUAUUGCAAAACAUUUAAAAGUUUAUCCUUAUAUUACACCAACAUCAGUUUUUUUUUUUAUUAUGUAUUUGAAUAUGAAAUAUGACAGAAUAAUUUGUUUUAUAUUAAUAAUUACAAUUAUGUAUUAAAUAGGAAAACAGAGAGUGAAGAAAUAAAUAAAAUAAAAAUGUGGACAUUAUUUGAAAUUUUAUUACUUGGGUUAAGAAAAUACAUUUUUCACCAUAAGUCAAAGAAGAAUUACCCUAAUAUAGGUAGUACAAGUAUAACAUGUUUUGUGUAUGCACAUAUUACACAAAACUACUGGACAGAAUUUAUUCUGGCUUUAAAUAAUAGAUCAUUUUAGGAGGAACAAAAUAGGCUAUAUUAUGUCCAAGAAUUAAACCCAUAAUGGUAGCAUACUUUGGUAACACUGAUUAAAUAAUACUUAUUUUAAUUAAUAUGAACACCAUAGAUUUACAAAAGUUUGUCUCCCUGGAUUUAUUUGGGAGUGUUCAAAGGUAAGAAAACUCCCUUCUUCCAUAAUAACAUGGUGAAAUUCAUGUUGUAAUUCAACCCAACUUUUAUCACUUCAAUCUGGUUAUAAAAUAAUUCUAAUUCUCAAGAUUGAAUUAUUUGGUAUAUAGGGAACAGAUAAAAGUAUACAAAAGUAACAGACGCUAUAUAGUCUCUAAAAUUAUAAAAACCUACUUCUUAUCUUCUCUCGUAUCUGUUUCCAACUAUUUAGGGGGAACUUUAAUGGUCAAUUUAAAAUAGAGCUGAUACUGGGGAUGGGAGUAGUCACUGUUGUAUGUGAGAAGUUGGUAAGGUAGGAUACAUAAAGUUGUUUCAUUUAUAUUUGUAAGCAACGAUAAAACAUUGCUUGACGAAAAACGAUUCAUAGUAAUACAUAAUUUGAAGUGCCAUAAUAUUUUUGCAAUUUUCGAUUUCAAAUCCGUUUAUUACAAAAAAAAAGCCGUCUGAUGAUUUUGGAAAUUUUACUAUAUCUAGGUAAGUCCAAUAUAAUUAUUACCAAGUUUCAAGUCUACAUGUAUUUAUUAUCGAAUUACAGAAAAAAGAACUCUCAAAAAUUAAAAUUCCUUAAAGGUCAAAAGUGACUCAAAAGUUUUGGCAAUGAUAGGGUAAGAAAGUAAAUCAAAAAGGUGUCUUGUAAUUUUUUGAUUAAAUCAUUUUUUCUGAUAGCAUCAUUUGUGUUUUUAUAAAAUAAUGAAAUCUUGAAAUUGUACGUUUUCCCACAUUUUUUCCCACUUAAGUGCUUUUAUUUAAAAUAUGGCGUUGAGAAUCAAAAAAUGACAUUUUAAAAGUACCAUCUAGACAAUUUGAACUUACAAAAAAGUUGCUACACGUAAAAAUCAGACCAAGUUUAUUAAAAAAAAAACGUGUCCACAGACUAGAACAAAGAAAAAAAAAAGAAAUAAACAGCAUUUAAAACCAAAAAGUCCUUCGUUAUGUUCAGAAUCUAAAAUAUAAAUAUUAAUAGUGGUCUAUGCAAACAAAGAUUUUGGCAUCAUUUAGUAGUCACUAAAUAUUUUACAUCGGUUUAAAUAAUAUAAUUAUUAUGUUGUAUUAUUAAGUUAAAAUAUUUCAUCUCUGAUAAAUCAUUUGCAUUAUAUUGAAUGGUAAUUGCAUUAAAAUAUAAUUAUUUAUUAUUUUAGUAACUGAAGGAUUUUGGGAUUUGGUGUCAGAGUCAAUCUUUACAGAAGUAUUAGUUGCUUGUAAUAAAUUUACUACUCUAUAUUCCAAAUUUGUACAAGUAAAUCUAAAAAAUAUUUCCAAAGAAAUUCUUUUAGUAAGUUAUAGUAUAUACAUUUAUAUUAAAACAUUUUCUUAUCAGAAGUAUUGAACAUGAUUUAUUUCAUAGAAACUUAAAAAACUUUAUGAUCCAACUAAUCCAGCGUUACGACCAAUAUUACAAAAAGUAUUUCAAUUUAAAAAUGAAACGGAAUCCAUAUCUGAACAAGACAAUAAUGUAAGUAUAAUAAUAUAACUGUUCAGGUUUUAAAUUAAAUUUAUACUAAUUCAGUAUUAAUCAUAUACAAUUUAAACAUGUAUAUAAUAAAAUAUAUAUUAGAUUUUUGAUAAUUUAAUUGGAAUUUAUGUUAUUUAUUUUCAGCUUAAUUAUUCUAUUAAAGAAUGGUUAACUACUUAUCUCAUGAUAAUAUCCAGGUUAUCUUCAAAUCAAUAUGUGGAUAAUUUUAUGGAAUCUGUAUCGUAUUUUCAUCAACCUAUUUCUAAUUUGUCCAAUUUUGAAACUGAGAUAGAACAUAAAUCUAGUCUUGGAGCUGGUUGGGCUCAUGCUGCUCAUAUACGCAACCAUAAACUUUAUACAUGGGGAAAUUCAUCCUUUGGUUGUUUGGGUGUUGGACCACAUAUGACUAAAACUGCUACACCAAAUCCAGUCUCUUGGUUUGUUUAUAUUCGUGUUGAAGUUAUUCAAGUGGCCUGUGGUCGAAACCAUUCAAUAGCACUUACAACAAAUGGUGUAAGUAGAAUUUUGAUUUGUAAAAUCAUUUAACUAAGUUAUAAUUUGUAUAGAUAUAUUCCUGGGGAUCAAAUCGUUAUGGCCAGUUAGGAACAGGUCGCCGCGGCCAAGCUCCAUAUCCAAUGUUAGUGGAGAGCUUAUCAGAUGAAUUGUUAAUCAGUGUUUCAGCUGGCCAAUAUCAUUCCUUAGCUAUUUCUACAAUUGGAAAAUUGUGGACAUGGGGAUGGGGUGUUUAUGGACAGUUAGGUCAUGGAGCAAUUGAUGACUGUGAAAAACCUAAACUAUUAAAAGCUUUGGAAAAUGAAGUAUAUAUAUAUUAUUUUUCAAGUUAAUGAAAUAUAUUAAUUGAUGUUUUAAAAUAUUUAGAAUAUUAUUAGUGCUUAUGGUGGUUAUUCACAUAGUAUUAUUCUUACAAGUAAUGGAAAAGUAUUUACUUUUGGUUCUGGUUCAUUCGGUCAAUUAGGCAAUGGUAGUACAUCAAAAAUUACUAGCCCCGUUCCAGUUUAUGGACUUCCUGAACCAAUAAAGUAUAUUUAUACUGCCUAUUUCCACAAUGUAAGUAAAAUCAUAAGGUUAUAUAAUUGUAAAAUAAAUUUUAGGUGUAAAAACAUUUGAAAAUAUGUAUUUAUUUUCAAGUACUUAGUUUUAAUUGAUUGACUAAUGAUCUAUGUAACAAUGUCUGAAACAAAAUGGUUAUUUAUUUUUAGAUUCAGUGUAUAGUAAGAAGUGUAUUGGUUGAUUAUAAUAUGUAUUUUUUUUUUAAAAUUAAAAUGUUUCUACAAGAAAUUUUGACAUGAUCAAGUUAUUUAGUUAGUGAUCUAUUAUCUAAUUGGUGCAUUGGGAUAUAAUUUUUUUUAAUUUUCAUCUAUAAUAAGAAAAACCAUAGUUCAAAUUUAAAUGAAAAUUGUAAAGUUAAAAUUACAGUAUUUUAAGACAUGUUUAACAAAACUUUGUACUGAAUAGUUUUUAUUGUUGUGUAUAUAUAUAUAUAUAUAUAUAUUAAAUUUCUUUAUAUAUUCUACCUUUCCAACUUUGUACAUUCAACAAGUUACACAUUCAUCAGUAGUAUCAGAUUUAUAAACAAAUACCAAGACUGAAUUUUUUGUUAUUUUUCCCCAUAAAUAAAUGUUAUUUGUUGUAAAUUAUUUUGUAUAAAAAUUUUUUUAUUUAAUAGUGUUGUUAUCUUAUUGAAUUUUGAAAUAUUCAUAUACUGUAUAUCUAUAUUAUUUACUAUACAAGAUGAUCAGUAUUUUAUGUUACAGCAAUUUUCUCUUAUAAGUGUACAAAAUGGAGAAAAAUGCAUAAUACAAAAGUUUAUCAAUUUAUAAACCUCUAAAAUAAUUUGUGUAUAUUUUUUUUUAUAGUUUUUGUUUUUUGGGGGGGGAGGGCUUGAGGGCAAAUCUUUAAAAAAAUGUAUAGGAGAACCUAUAUUCAAAAUUUAAUAAAUAGAUUGAGUUUUCGUUUAAUUAAAUUUUGGUGUUGAAAUAUUUGAUUUCCAUCAACCAUUGAUAGUAUAUUCUACUUUUUAAAUUAGUCAAGGGGAGAAUAGUGGAACACUAUUCAAACACUACACGUUAUGCCAUGCAAUCAUACCGGUGUAUGAUGUACAGAGCUCCACUAAUCUCCCCUUACUUAAAUUAAAAAGUAGAAUAUCUUGUCAACAGUUGAUGAAAAUCAAAUAUUUCAACUUCAAAAUUUAAACAAACGAAUACUUAAUUUAUUUAUGAAAUUUUGAAUAUAGGUUCUCUUAGGAAUUUCAAAAGUUUACCGUAAAAGAAAUGUAUACAAAUUAUUUAAAAUGUUUAUAAAUUGAACAACUUUUACACUAUAUAUUUUCUCUAUUUUGUAUAUUUAUAAGAGAAAUUUGUUGUAACAUAAAAUUCUUUUAGGGUAUAUUGUACAGGGAUUUCAAAAAUUGUAUGAUACAGUCAAUUUAGUAACUCUGUACAAAUUACUUAUAUAAUAUAUAUUAUUCAAGUUGUUUUUGGGGCUGAAAAAGUAAAUUAAUAAAUUUGAUUUAUUUGUAUUAGUAAUACAUUUAACAAAAAUUAAAAAUAAAUUUUAAUUAUAAUGAAAAAAUAUAUCAUAUUUAAACUUCAAGUCAUUUUUAUAUUAUAAAUGUGAUAUUGUUAAUUUGAAUAAAAGUUUCUAUUUUUUGCUCUUUUAAAUCUAGUUAGCUCUAAGUGAUGUUGGUCGUUUGUAUACUUGGGGCAGUAGUCCACAAGUUCUCCGGUUUCAUGCACAAACACAAAAACGAGCCAGAAAUCAAGCUGCUUUAACUGAGAGUGAUCAAGUGAGUUAGCUCACACUUUAAUGUAAAGAAUUUGUUCAUUCAUAUUUUAUUUAUAGACAGAUGAUUCAGAAAUUGAUGUUUUGACUGCCGAUGAUGGUCUAUUACAUUUAAGUCCAACACUUGUGGAUACUUCUCAUAUUAUAGGAGACAUUGUUCAAGUAUAGUAAUUAUAUCUAUUCAGUUUUAAGAAAUUUUAAUUAUUUAACACCAUAUAUGUUUAGAUGUGUUGUGGCUGUCAUCAUUCAGCUGUUAUUAGUUCAACAGGACAAUUAUAUACUUGGGGACUUAAUUUAGAUGGACAGUUAGGUGUAUCAGGUAUUCGCGAGAGACUUGUUCCAACUGCAACAUUAGUUGGUCCACCAUCAGUUAUCGUAGACUCAUCAUCAACAAGUGGUUCAUUAAUUAAAGAAGUUAGGUGUGGAGCUGAUUUCACAUUAGCUUUAGAUACAGCUAAUAAACUUUGGGGUUGGGGUAGCAAUCAUGAAGGACAAGUGAGUGUUCUAUAGUUUUACUUAUUUAGUUAUAAUUAUAAUUUCACCACAUGAGGGUUUGAUGAUAUAUGGUUUUCUGAUGCAUUUAUGCUACGGUUUUAGUGAACCUGGAGCUCCGAGCUCAAUUUUAAAGUAGCAUUUAAACCUAAUAAUAAUUUAUCAGCUCUUAGGUUUAAUUUAGCACAGUUCAUUGCUCAGAAUGGUUUACCACUUUUUGACAAGGAAUACUUAAAAAAUGUUUUUUUAAAUGCAUCUAAUAUUUUGUUUCAUGAUUUUAACAAUACAAAUGAAAUAAUAAAAUAUGUUAACGAUUUGUCUAUUUGUAGAAAUACUGUUAAAGAUUGUAUUCUUUAUAUGAUGAUAUAACAAAUCAAUAGAUUAGACUUCAGUAAAUUUUUUUUUAAUCUGUCUUGACGAAAGUACAGGUGUGAUUAGUAGUUUUUUUUUUUUUUAUUCAGUUGUGCUAAUGAAAAAUUUAAAUAUUUUCCAAAUUUUGCAAAAUCAUUUGGUAAAUUAUAUAGUCAGCUUGACUAGACAUAAAAUUGAUAACUAAAAAAAAUAGGUUAAUGUAUUAGAAAAUACAAGUAAAUUGUUUUCUAAUAGAUUUGUUCAGUUUCGUUGUCUACAACCAACCUUACAAUUUUUAAUAAAUCCACAUAAUAUUCAAUUUGAUAAACUUGAAUUAGGACUUGAAUAUAUUUACAAUAUAAAUAUUGUAAUUGGAUAUCUGUUCUCAGUCCACUGUUGGUUCAAAACUAUAUAGUUGAAGGGUCAUAAAAAAAAAUAAAUAUAUAUAUAUUAGAUUAUGUAACUAAAUCAUGCACUACAAUAAAUAACAAAUAGGAACCACAUUCAUAUUUCACUCUGUAACUAGUUUACUUCUAAUACAAAAUAAGGAAAUUAUUAGCAUCAUAAAGAUAUUUAUAACUUCAAUACAAUGAUAAGACUAUUGUUAUAAAAGUAAAUAUUGAUGUUAACAUAAUAUGAACUUGCAACAGUUGCACUUUUAUUACAGUGGUGUAUUAUUUUAUUAAUAUUAAACCAAAAUAUGAUAUAAUUAUACCAAUAGAAACUAGGAAGAUUAUGAGGUACUUAAUAAGGUUAGAUUAAGACCAUAAAAUAUACAUUUGAUUAGGAUAUAACAGAUAAAAUAUUGACGUGUAUUAUGUAUGGCUGCCGCCACGGAGAACGAAUCUGUAACAUCAUUCAUGAUGUUAAAAAUCUUAAAUCACUGAAACUGGUAAACAAAUAGUCAAAAACAAAUUAUAAUGGUGUUAUUUUUUUCGUUAUAAUAUAUACUAUAAUUUUAGCCAAAGAAAAUUGGAUGAGUUGGAUAGUUCUCAAAAUAUAAAUUAAUAAUAUUUUAUUAUACAUUUAUUUUAAUAACGAUGUACUAUAUAAAAUUAACAUAUUACAGUAAAUAAUGUAAAGUUUAAAUCAAGGUAGAUAAAUCCACCUUAGUUUAAAUGUAAUAAUCAAAAUAAUGUAACAAGCGAAUAGAUUUGUUAACACACAGAACAUGUAAAAUAAAAAAAAAAUUUUAUUUGACCCACGUGUAUCAAAAUGUUUGCCAUCCUGACCUAGGAUCUUUUGUACAAAAUAAUGGUGUCUUUCAUGAGGAUGUAAAACAUAAGUCUCAGUGUGGUUAGAUAAAGUAGAAGUGUCGGAUGUUUUUAUUUGACAAGAAAAUUCCAUUAAAACUUAGAUUAGUUAAGUUCUACAAAAGUGUAGUGGGAUUGACUUUGUUGUGUGGUUUUGAGUAUUUGGUGAUCAACAGAAAAAUAGAACAGAGAAUGAAUGUGGCAUAAAUGAGAAUAAUUAGGUGGAUGAGCAAAGUGACAAAAGAAGAUAGGAUAAGGAAUAAGUAAAUAAUAGGUAGCUUAGGCAUAACUUCUACUAUUGUAGAUAAUAUGAGAGUAAAAAGACUAGAUGAUUUGGGCAUGUCAUAAGGAAAAAGGAAUCUAAAGUAGUAAGAAUUGUAAUGGAAAAAAAGACAGAAAAGAAGGGGGUUGGAUGCAAUUGGAUAUAAUUUGGGGACAGCUCAUGUUUGGGAAGUGGGAAAUUGAGUCAAUUGAAAGUUUAGAAUGAUGGUAGCUGACCUUAAAUAGUUGAGAUGAAGGUGUAGAAGAAAAAUAAGUGUUAACUAUAAUUUAAUUUUUUUUUUAGUUAGGUAAGAUUCCUGAAGAAGACUUGGCAAAGACAUUAUUGGAUGGGAAAAUGGUUAUGAUAAAGUCUACUCAUAAGGUUAUUAAAAUCCAACAUGGUACUGUAAAUAAAUUGGACUCUCCAAUUGAAAUCUUACUGCCACAAUUAAGAUUUUCAUUUUCAAACAUUAAAGAUAUACUUUCAAUUCGAGUAAGUUAUUUAAUAAUUUAUGUAAAUGUAAUCAUUUUAGAUUCUGAGUGGUGCGAGGAAUGUAUUUGUUUAACAAUGAUGUUUGUUAUUAUUUUCUUUGAAAAAUUUUCUACCAUCAAUUUUGCUCCAAUUUAUAAUGAUAGCACUAUUUCUGAAAGGAAAUCUAACUGGAGAGGUACUUUAAGGAGGUCAUUUUUAGUUUUCCAAUAAAUGGGAUAAACAGGAAAAUAGAUACAAUAUUUAACUAAUAUUAUCAAAGAAAAUAUAUAAUUUGACAUAUAUUCUUGAAAAAGCAACACUAUUAACCGAGCUCCACUCAGAAUCAUUUUUCGUUAGCUAUGGUUAAUCGUUAUUUAGAGAUAUACAAUAAAUUUUUCCUCUACCUUCCCAACUUCUCAUCUACAACAGUAGCCUAUCCAUGUGCAAAGUAUGUCAGUCUUUUUUUCAUUUAAUCAUCUUAUUGUAUUUUAUAGGUCAAACGGGCAAUGGACUUUCCUGGCUUACCUUCAGUUGAAUAUUUUCUGGAAAACCUUAAUAAUUUAUGUGAAUUGCAUGGUAUAGAUUAUUUGUUACAUUAUGCUAUAGAGUGGUUUUAUCCCUAUUACAAUAUUUCUUCUGUUGUGUCUAUGGUAAAUUACUAUUUUUUCAAAAAUAAUAUGAUAAUUUUACUUUAAUGAUGUUGUUUUUAGUGUCUUGAAAUGAAAAAUCACCAAGCAAUUAGUAAAAUUAGAUUGAUGAAUAAUGAAUCUUCUUUAGCAUUAUUUCAUCAACUUGAAGCAUUUGUAGAAACGAGAGAUUAUGGGGAAAUGUUCGGCUUUAAUAUUGAAGGGGGUCACGAAGAACCUGCUGCAGCUCCUCUUACACCAUCUGAAGGCUUUACUAUUAAUCUUGAAGAAGGAGAGCUAUUAACAUCUCUACCAGAACCGUUUGCAUCACAUAUAGCUACAGAAGAAAAUAUUGUAAAAGAAUGGCCUGGAAUUAGUAAACUUGCUCAGAUGUUCGAUUAUUAUUUCAAGUUCAUCCAAAAAGACAAUUUAAUUUUGUUUUUGCAUGAAGUAUUUAUUAAAACAUUUACAAUUAAUUAAAUAUAACUAUAUUAAUUUUGUUUAUAAUUAUUUUAAAACUAUUUCAGUAUCUAACAUAUUGGCUAACCAAGUCUUUCCCAAUUGAUGCAUUAGAACAGAUGUUAAUGGAUCGAUGGGACAAACUGAAUCAUCCAUUAGGAAUUCUGUUAUUAUGGUAUAGUAGAUUAUUUAUUGUAGAUAUUUUAAUAUAUUUAACAAUGAAUUUUAAUUGGUUUCAGUAACAAUGUUUCAAAAGCUUGUGACUUGAAUGAUUUAAGUAUGGAAUUUAUGGAGCCUAAAUUGAUUUUCAGAUGUUUUUCUGUUAAUUUUUGUAUGCGACUCUGUUCAUCUAUUUCAAAUAGUAUACAAGAUAAACGUAUGUAUUAUUGUUGUUAUUGAUUUUGCAUGUUUAAAACUUUUUGUUUUAUUAUAUAUUAUAAAUUAAUUUUGUUUAGCUGAAAAUCAAAGAGACUUAAUACAUUUAUUGGCUACUGUAACUAGUUCACCAGGUUCUGGUUGGAUAGAACCAAUAUUAGAAACUAAAACUGAAGACUUAUUAAAAUGUUCAGUUCAAACUCUUACUGGUCAACAACAGCCAUUCAUGCACCUAGAAUUUCAAGUAAAGUUAUAAAAUCAUUUCUAAUGUUAAAUGCUAUUUAAUCAUAAAUAAAACCAUAUUUUGAUAGGAUACUGAAUCUUUGGGAGAUACAUUAUUAGUAUAUUCUUGUGGUCAUCGUUAUUUAUCAAAUGAACAAUUUAGUCAUGAUUCUAAGCAAGUAGUUGAACAUUUUGAAAAUUUACCCAAUACGUCUGCUGCUGUGCAAUCAGCAUUACAAGAUAUCAGUAAUUCGGCUUGUCCAAAUUGUGUGUAUGAACAAAUGAAAAAUGUCAUCCAAAGAGAUUAAUAAACAUUUAUUAAUUUAUAAAAAUUAUUCAUUACAAUUUCAUUAUAUACCAACUUUAGUGUUAAUAAUUGUUUCUAUUUGAAAUAUUCUAGUCGAACAUAGAGAAUUUAUAGUUUAAUACUAAUGUAACCUUUAGAACUUUAGUUUUUAUUUAAAAUAUUGUUGUGCAAUUUUUUGAUUUGCUUUUGUUUUAGUAAUUUAUAAAUUUAUAUUAUGUAUAACUUGAGUUGAAUCAUUU